AUGCAACAAGUGGUGAUCGGGGUGUUGCUGAAGCUUUUACUGUUUCCGGCGUACCACUCGACUGAUUUCGAUGUUCAUCGCAAUUGGUUGGCUAUAACAAGCAAGUUGCCCAUUUCCGAGUGGUAUUUCGAGGAUACCUCGGAGUGGACGCUGGAUUACCCGCCGUUUUUUGCCUAUUUCGAGUGGAUACUGAGCAAAUUUGUGCCCAAAGUGGUGGAAAACGACGGCUGUUUGGAUAUCGUUGCUCAUGGAAACUACGGGUGGCCCACAGUGGUGUUUCAGCGCACUACGGUGCUUGUUAGUGAGCUGGUUCUUGCAGCAAGUCUGAUUUAUUUCACGCGAUCAAAGGCCCCCCUGAGCUAUAGACAGAAAAUGACGGCGGCGGCUAUUAUUUGGUUCAGUCCCGGUUGGCUGAUUCUUGACCAUAUUCACUUCCAAUACAACGCCAUGAUGUUUGGUUUGCUGGUAAUUUCAAUCACCGCUGUGGCCAACGGCCAAAUGCUCGUUUGUGCGUUCACCUUCGCCAGCCUGCUUUGUUUCAAGCAUAUUUACCUCUAUCUUGCUCCUGCAUACUUUGCUUUUUUACUUAGGGCAUACAUUUUCGAAAACAAUAAGCUCAGUUGGCUGAAUGGUGUGAAAUUAGCUGCCGUGGUUGUGGCUCCUGCGCUGGCAUCAUUUGGGCCGUUUGUCCUGCAAUUACCCCAGGUAUUAUCCCGGCUAUUUCCUUUUAGUCGAGGGCUAACUCACGCAUACUGGGCUCCCAACUUUUGGGCGCUCUACACGUUUGCAGAGCGAGUGUUAGGAGUUGUGCGUCACAACUCUUCGGCCGCGGCCACGCGAGGAAUCGUUGGUCAAAUUGAGUUUGUGAACCUGGCUGAUAUUACGCCACGUAUCACUGCUGUUUUGACUCUGUUUUACCAGGUCUUGAGCGUUAUUCCACUGUUUUUGAAACCAACCUACGACCAGUUCCUGGGAAGUCUUACUCUAUGCGGGUUUGCGUCGUUUUUGUUUGGGUGGCAUGUUCACGAAAAGGCAAUUAUGAUUGUUAUCGUGCCGUUUGCUUUCAUGGCUGUGUCAUCGAGAUCUUAUGCUCUGGCCUUCUCGCCCCUGCUGGUGGCUGGUCACCUCAGUCUUAUGCCUUUGAUCUUCACCCCCAACGAAGCAGUUAUCAAAUACGUCUACACUGCCGUGUACCUGACGGUGGUUUUGAGUGUUUUGCCGGAAAUUGCCCCGGUAAAAGACCAGGCGAACCGAAGAUUCUUUGCCGAACGAUAUGUGUUUAUGUACAACGCACUAUUCGUCUUGCUGAUUCCUGCGCUGGCCAUAUUGCCGGUCAUUGCAAAAAAAUUCGAGUUCGCAAACCUCAUGCUGCUCUCUGUGUACUGUGCCCUGGGUGUAAUGGGAUCGUGGUUGGCGUUAAACACAGUCUACUUUUCUACGGAUCUACUGUCAAAAUAA